UCUAAAGGUAUUAGUUUAAUUAGCACUACUAAAAUUAAGUAUUCCAGUCUUCAUAAAAUGAUUCUUCAACUUACACAAUAGAAUCUAAGCAAGUGUUUACCUCCUAUCUUACAUAGUCUUCACUCUAUCCAACAAAAAUCAAUAUGGAAAUGCCGAUGGAUCACACAAUGCCAAUGGCUCAUAAUUCAACCGUGAUGCAUGAUCAUGAUCAUGACAUGGGAAACUCAACAAUGGAUCACAGUGAUCAUGGCAGAGACCAUGAUUCUCACUCGAUGAUGCAUAUGUGGUUUUAUUUCGGGAUAACACAUGUUACAAUCUUGUUUGAAUCAUGGACCAUAAAUACUGCAGGAGGAAUGGUCGGGGCCUGUAUCGGGGUUAUCAUACUAGCAAUGAUGUAUGAAGGACUGAAAGUAUUACGAGAAAGUUUACUUAAUAAAACUGCCGCUCUAACGAAACGGACGUCGAACAGAACAGAUUAUCCGAAUGUGGAUCCCCUGAUGGACUCGACUGUCUUAACAAGAUCUGGAAGAUCCACAAUCUGGUCCUGGUGGCAUCUAUUACAGACAUUUCUCCAUUUCCUUCAAGUUAUGAUCAGUUAUGCUUUGAUGUUGAUAUUUAUGACCUACAAUGGUUAUCUUGCGAUCUCUAUCUUGAUUGGAGCAACUUUGGGAUAUUUCGUUUUUGGUUGGAAGAAAGCUGUCAUUGUGGAUAUUAACGAACACUGUCAUUAAAAUAGAGUUUUUUUACUCUCGUUUUCAAGAAUAAUUUUUCCCAGCUUGCGCGAUGUGAUACAAUAUAGAUGCAGUAUGUUACCAUUCAGCAUAGUACUAGAAAGACCAAAUAAUGUUGUUUGUUAUGACUUGAGAUUAUUAAAAUUGUUAGCUUGUAUGGCUCUAAUUUACUUUGCCUUUAUUCACUUGCGGGUAGUGAACGAGUUAGAACAGAACAAGGUAUUAAAUAUCCUUCAAGCUGGGAGAAAGAUAUGUUUUUCACAUACAAUGUUAACCAUGAAAAUUUUUUAUAGCAAUACAUUGCCCAAUUUAAUAUUUGUUUCAUGUGGGUCAGCUAGACCCAUUGAUUGACUGAUUGGAUAAUUCCAAGUCCUUUAUUAACCGCUUUCUACUAACAUUUUUUAACAGAAAUAUUAACCUAUGUAUAGCUUUUAAUGUGUCAAUGAUCACAUGCGAUUCUAUUGGUAUCCUGAGCAUCUUUAUUAGAGGGCUUGCAGCCUUGCUUGCAAACUUGCAUAUAACAUAUAGUAAAGCCAGAAAGUUGGGAUAAAUUACAGUUGUUUUGUCAAUGCUUCUGCCUAUUGCUUUCAAAAAGGGCUAAUGCAAAAUCAUUUAUGAUUUCCUAUUUUCAGCUUUUAUGACAUUCUGUUGGUGCUUUGUGUUUUCCAAUGUUUGCUCACUGUUAAACAUUGAUAUUAAUGUUAACAUAAUAGAGUUGUUUUGUGAUAUCUCCAAUAGAGUCACAAAGCCUAAAUGUAAUAUAAAAUUUUUUUAAAGUUAGUUACAUUUUGCUAUACUCUAUUUUUAUAUUUUGAGCAAUCGAAAGAGCUAGAUUCUAUAUUUAUGCAUAAUGAAGAAGAAUUUUCUCUUAAAUUUGAUUGAAGUUUUUGAAGGUCAUGUGUUUUUAGUCCUGAGUCUUCAUAUUCGAUCCCAAGGCUACAGUCAAUUGAAAUGUAGUAUCUGACUGUAUUGCAUUAAAAAUGAAUGCAGAGGCCAGACUUAUCAAGAUGUUGUAGAUCUUGGUCCUUUAACUUUCUCCAAUUAACCAUUGUGGAACUGAGUUAGAAAUUCUGUUAGAAUAUCAUGAUAUUAUCAUAAUGGUGCUAUUCUUUGCAGCUGACCAAAGAAGCCUGAAUAGUUGAGAAUCUGUACCUGCAUAUGCGUAGAGAUAUUUUCUAAAUUGUCUUUUUUUCGUGUGAUUAUCCUGUAUCAAGUGCAUAUUUAUUUUGGUGCUCUUAAAAAUACAUGUUGUUGUUAUAUCAAAGUUUUUUGUAUAUAUACCAAAAUGAAGCACUUUUUGAUCAAAAAAUUUUAAAUAAUAUAAAUAUAAAAUUCAAGAAAAACUUCAGAUGGAGUUUCCUUUCUCAAUAAAAUUAUAUAUUAAAUGAAACUGAUUCUGAACAUUCAACUUUCAACAUUCCAUUGCUUUUGGGAAUUAGAUAGGCUCUCAUUGAAUUUAAAUGUAACAAAUGUUUAUCUAUGAAUUUCCUAUUAUUUUUACUAGUUCCGGAGAUGUCAUGUUGUAUUGUAGCAAUUAUUUAAAUUUUUCCCAAUUUACUAUUGUCUGUUUGACGUAUAAUUCCUGACUUAAUAAUACAAAGCUUUGUGCUUUCUUAACUGAUUAAUGCUAAUAUAUAUGAACUCUAAUUUAAAAAAAAUAUUUUGAGAAGAAUUGUUGAAUAUUAUACAGAGUCCUUGGUAAAAAUAAUGCAUUGCCUGCAUCACUAUGCACUUUCUUUAUUGUUUGCUGGAUUUUGUUGCAGUGAACAUAACUUUGUGCAGUAUGAGUUUUAUAUUAUUUUAUGUUAAAAUCUUCCGUACUGUGGGAACAACAAUACAAAUUGCUCAUCAAAGUCAUCCUUUUUUUGUAAUAUUUGUGUAUGUGGUAUGCUGUAUCUUUAUCUAUCCUAUGUGCUUUACAACUUUUGGGAAUGGAGUUAUCACGCAGGAUAAUAUUCACCAGUGUGUGGUUUUAUUCAUAGAUAUUGUGAUGUACUACCAGUACCAUGUAGCAAACCCGAACCGUGAUAUUACUGCAAAAAUUUUUAUUCGGACUCUUCUUCUUCUUUAUGUACUAGGUCUGCCAGACUCUGAAUUCUAAAAAUGAUUUCUACAUAUCUGACUUGUCAAGUUCUCACCACACGUUUGAUGUUUUUUUUCAAUAAUGUACCCUAUCAUAAGGAGAGGUCAUGUACGAAAUAUUCAGUGAAUGAACAGACGAAUUGACUUCGAGAAAUUGAACCUCGAUAUAUCUGAUGAAAUAUUUGGAUGUGUAUGGCAUAAAAUGAUAAAAUUCUGUAACAUAUUAAUGUCGAGCAACCUUUUUACCAUAGGAGUUAUGGAUGAUGAAUUUUAAACUUUUGUGUGAGCUCUUUUGUAGGCAUUGCCUUGAACCACUCCAGCUUAUUGCAUUGUCGCCUUAUUUUAUUAAUUUUUUGUGAUUCAUCUGACAUAGCUUGCUGAAAUCCAAAUUAUGAAAAUCCAAUUUGCUUCAUCGGGCUCAUAUGGUACAAGUGCACGACAAAUAUUGUAUUGUUUUGAGUAAUUGCAGUUUUUGAAUAGCCUUCAUGCUGGCUUUUGGCUUGAUGAUUCUUCAUCUGUAACAUUUAUGAAAGCACUUUCGUAGCCGUUACCUUGUACCACCUCAGCUUCUUGCACUGUCCCUUAUUCUAACAUAGCUUGCUGAAAUCCAAAUUUUGAAAACAAGGAAUCGAGGUCAUAUGGUACAAGUGCACGAUGAAUAUUGUAUUGUCGUUUUAGUAAAUAAGUUUUUAUUUGCCCUUAAUGGCGAGAUAGAUUCAUGUCGAGUGGUGUGAAACACGCAGAUCUGUUGUUCAGACACCAAUCCCGAAAAUUAAAUAUUGCUGUUAUACUGAUGGACACUAUUUGCUACAUUUAUUUUUAUUAUAUAUAUGUAUAUCAGUGAAAUAAUAUUUGUAGCCUUCCAUUUUCCCUAUCAAGUACUUGCUAUUUUUAUGAACCAAAUUUUUCAGUUUUCUUGUAAUUUUGUCCUCUGUAUGAAAAUUUUAAAUAAAUAUGUCUAUCAAGCAUA